AACCCGCAAGCAAGGGUUCCAGAUCGAAAAUUAUCAUGAUAUUAGGUAACUUAUUGACUGAAACAUUCAUAAGAAUUUAUAGCUGGAGCACGACUCCUUACACAAGGACUGAAAUCAUCAACAAAGCUAGCAACAUAACACAAAUAGUUACCUAACAUAUCUUGCUCCUAACAUAUAUAUUGACAAAACGUUUAUCCUGAUGCCUGAAAGAAUCACUAAACUUUUAUACCUCGGCUUCCUCGACAUUUCCUUCUUCCUCCCCACUAAUAUCUUGCUCCUCGUCGCCAUGAUAAUGCAAGUUUAAAAAUUGGCUGCCAUCGUUCUCGUCCUCAUCAAACUCUGGAGCUAUGUGCCCAGUACUACCACGAAUGAGCUCGUGCAUUAACUCGUCUUGGUUGUCCGUAGGAUCCAUUUCCACUGCCUGAAACAAUAAAAAACAAAGAGAGUGUAGGAUUAGCUGCGUUAGACUUAUAUUGCUAUCUGUGUAUUUACUCUUGAGUGUAGGAUGUUUCUUGGAUAUAUGUAUAGAUACUUGUGUAUCUUCCCUUUUGGGCACUGUAAUUCAUUUGAGCUGCAUACCUGUCACAACUCACAAGGUGCACACAUCUGCAUGUUGCAUGCGAAUUGACAUGUUUUUAUCUCAGGAUUUAGUUCCUCCUAAUUAGGUUCUCUGCCUGAUUAUUGCUAAGACACUUCCUUCUAUAAUCAUUUUCCAGGGCCAAUACAAGUCAACUUUGGUCUGCCCAGUCUGUGGAAAGGUUUCAGUGACUUUUGACCCGUUCAUGUAUCUUUCCUUGCCCUUACAAUUUGCAUCAACCCGGAGCAUGACUACCGUGGUUUUUACUUGUGAUGGAAGUGUUCCACCAACACAAUUCACUGUAAAUGUACCGAAGCAAGGUAGGUGCAGGGAUCUAUUACAAGCCCUUGGCAAUGCAUGCUCACUUAAAAAAGUGGAGAAACUUCUAAUUGCCGAGAUACGGAAUCAUAAGAUCUACCGUUUUCUUGAUGAUCCAGUGCUUCAACUGUCUACAAUAAGCGAUGAUGACCGACUGGCAGUAUAUAGGCUCCCGAAACUGGAAAAGAGGGCCAAUUAUAUUCAGUUUGUGCAUCGCCGUGAAGACUUGGAUCAUGCAAACAAUAACAGUUUGGCAUCUUGGAAACCCUAUGGUGUUCCUCUUCUUGCACAAAUACCUCGCAAUGAAACUGUAACAGGUUUUGAUAUCCAUGAGUUGGUUCAUAAAAUGCUUGUGCCCAUGCUAAGAAAUCAGGACUCACCACAGUUGGCUGCCCAAAAUUCUCCCUCCUUGCAUAGUUAUAAUACUGACAGCAGCAAAUUGCAGCUACAAUUGAUUGAUGAUAGCAACACAGUCAUAGGAAAAUUGAAUGAUUCUAUCAGGGUCCCACAAUCUUCACUUGCAACAAUAUUUUUUAUCAAUUGGUCCAAGGAAGAUAUGAAAAAGAUUAACACUGAUCAUUUAGAAUACCUUCCAGAGGUGUUUAUGUAUGCUCCUCCUGCCAAGAGGAGGAUUAUUUGCUAUUAUGUACUCGCAUAGGAUUAUUGUAAAUGAGCAUUUGGGAUGGACAUUUCCUACAGCUACAGUUUAUUUUAAUCCUGCAAAAAAAAUCUGGCUACUACAUAGUUGCUUUUUCUGGUUUCAGUUUCACUAGCAUCAUGUGUUGAUUUUACUGAGUUCUGAUGGUAGUCAUGUAGGGUGAACUUGCAUUAGCUUUUGGUGAGCUACUGAGAAAACUCUGGGCUCCUGGAGGACGUGGCCCAGUUUCUCCUAGACCAUUCAAAAUGAAGC